AUGUCGGACUCGGACUUUGAACCAGACUACCCUGCUGAAUUCUUCAAUAAGGAGAUGCUCGUCAAUUGCUUCUUCGACAGCCAACCUGGAAGCAACAAAGAUAUGGAAACCAUCAUUGGUGACAGGAUCAAACCUCUCACGGAGAGAGCUCAGGACUGGCUGUCUCGAGAGGUCGGAAGGGCUGUUCUCAUGCGCAAGGACUGCACUAUUACUUGCACCAUCGGGGGCAAGUACUACUGGAAGGCUGAUGAGUUUGCUGAGUGGUCAGGUCUCUUUUUCUUGCAUGAAGGUGUUCAACGUAUCACCGCCUCUUCCAACAACUGUCUUGUGUUGCUCACCAAAUUCAAGACUGUUGUUACCAUCCUCAUCUACGGCAACAACAGGUUCGAUGUCCACAAGCCCGCUCCCAAGGUCAUUGAGGUCCCCAAGAAGAAGGCUGUUGCUCCAGCGAAGAGGACUCCUCAUCCCAAGAAGAGGUUUGCAUCCAAGCGCAUCGAGGAAGAAGACAGUUUCGAGGAAGACUAUGAGCUUUCGCAGCAGCUCACUCCCCUCAAGGCCUUCUACACCCGUAAAGGCAAGUAG